UUAUACAAUAUUCUCUCUCCACUGUUCCUUUUCCGGCCACCGUGCACCGCCACUCUCCUCCGCAAAGUCCCCGGAACACGGCGGCGAUCUUCCCUACAUUUCUCACUCAAUCAGUAAAAUCCUACUUAUAGUUUUACUAACACUAAAAUAGAUAGUCAACAGUUACCGGAAAACUCGAAAUUUAUGUUCAUAUUUGCUUCGUAAUGUGUGUUUGUAAGUGUAGACAGCUCAACUGAAAAUUCGUGUAGCUGGUGGAAUCUAUAGGUGAAGCACGUGUGAUGAAGUAUUUAGGUGAAAAAACGAUGAGCUACAGCUAAUCAACUAGAUAUAUAUUUAGAGAUAAGACGUACGAUGGCGGAUGUUGCAGUUGCGAAGUCAUGGAGAGACGAGCUAGCGAGUUUAGUGGAGGAUAGUGGGAUAAGGUUUGCCGGAGAUGCUGUAGAAAUCUCUGCUCCGACGUAUUCUACGCCGGCGUUUGAGGAGAAGAGAUCGGUGUAUGAGUCGCCGGCGAUUGAGGAGGUUGUAGCAGAGCCUGAGAGUUUUAAGGACCAAAUCGAGGGUUUCGCAAAGGCUUGGGGAGAAAUGUUGCUGGAAUUGAUGAGAGGUUGUAGAGAUGUGGUGCAACAAAGCUUGUUAACUGAGGAAUCAUACAUUGUGAAAAAAACUAAGGGUCCUUUAGCUGAAGCUUCCAGGAGGUUGAGUGUUUUGAACGAGUUUUUGCCGGAGGAUCGUGAUCCGGUGCAUGCUUGGCCGGUGAUUUUCUUCGUCUUCUUCCUCGCCCUGUCCGCAUUGAGUGUAAAUAGUAAACAAGAAACCUCAGGCAAGCUAGUGAAAGAAGUGCACAUACAUCCUCCUAGUGCUACUCGUAUACUGCUUCCAGACGGCAGACAUAUGGCAUACCAUGAAAUAGGAGUUCCAUCAAACAAAGCUAGAUAUUCUGUAAUUGCUCCACAUGGCUUCCUCUCUUCUCGACUUGGAGGUAUACCUGGAGUGAAAGUAUCACUUCUUGAAGAGUUUGGCAUUCGUUUGGUAACUUAUGACCUUCCAGGUUUUGGAGAAAGUGAUCCACACCCUGAGCGGAACCUUAACUCAUCUGCUCUGGACAUGCAAUACUUGGCUGAUGCCUUAGGAGUUAAUAGUAAAUUCUGGGUUUUGGGCUACUCAAGUGGAGCAAUACAUGCUUGGGCUGCAAUGAAAUUUAUAUCUGACCGAGUUGCUGGUGUAGCUAUGUUUUCCCCAUUUAUCAACCCAUAUGAAUCAAGCAUGACCAAGGAAGAGACGAGAGAAACUUGGAACAAGUGGACAAGGAAAAGGAAAUUGACAUACUAUUUAGCUCGAAGAUCUCCAAAAUUUCUUGAUUACUUCUAUCGCCGGACAUUUCUAUCUGGAAAGCAUGGUCAAAUUGAUGAAUACAUGUCUCUAUCGCUGGGACAAAAGGAUAAAGUGCUGAUCAGAGAACCAGCCUUUGAAGAGUUUUGGCACAGGGAUGUUGAGGAAUCAAUACGUCAGGGCAGCACUAAGCCAUUUAUAGAGGAAGCUUCACUCCAGGUGUCAAAUUGGGGGUUUAGCCUUGUGGAUCUUCAAGUGCAAGAAAAGUGUUCUGGUAAAGGGAUUCUAUCAUGGCUUAAGUUUGGUUAUGGUCAAGUGAGGUGCGAAUUGACUGGAUUUCUAGGACCAGUUCACAUAUGGCAGGGAUUGGAUGAUCAGGUUGUACCGCACCAAAUGACCGACUAUAUAGCUAGAAUUCUGCCAAGAGUGGUGGUGCACAAGCUCCCUGACGAGGGACACUUUUCCUAUUUCUUCUUCUGUGACGAAUGCCAGAGACAAAUGUUCCUGACAAUUUUCGGAAGCCCUCGGGGGCCUCUUGAAGAGAGCAUUGAAGCUCCAACGGAAGAAGAUGGAGAACAGGAAGCUGCAAAUCUAGAUUUGGCAGCAGAAUGAGCAGAAAAGGUUUCGUCAUCACUAACUACUGAUGUAUAUACUACACGAAUGCUCCAUUUCUCCAGGAGCACAAAGGUCAGAUGUACGAGCGGUCCUAAUGGGCUCCAAAUAUUUUUCAUUUUUUUGUCUUGGGUGGAUAGUGCUUUUCGGAUUUCACUACGAAUUGUAACAGCAGAAGUUGAGUAACAGAUG